AUGUGGAUCAUCAACUGGUUCUACGAUGUCCUAGCCUCUCUUGGCCUCCUUAACAAGCACGCCAAGCUCCUCUUCCUCGGUCUCGAUAAUGCCGGCAAGACCACCCUGUUGCACAUGCUGAAGAACGACCGUGUCGCCGUCCUCCAGCCAACCGCCCACCCAACCUCCGAGGAACUGGCCAUCGGCAACAACCGCUUCACAACUUUCGACCUGGGUGGUCACCAGCAGGCCCGUCGUCUGUGGAAGGAUUACUUCCCUGAAGUCAGCGGCAUUGUCUUCCUAGUCGACGCCAAGGACUACGAGCGAUUCCCAGAGUCCAAAGCUGAGCUUGACGCCCUCCUCGCCAUGGAAGACCUGGCCAAGGUUCCCUUCCUCGUUCUCGGCAACAAGAUCGAUCACCCCGAUGCUGUUAGUGAGGAUGAUCUGCGCCACCAGCUCGGUCUGUACCAGACUACUGGUAAGGGCAAGGUUCCUCUUGAGGACAUUCGGCCUAUCGAGCUGUUCAUGUGCAGUGUUGUCAUGCGUCAGGGUUACGGCGAGGGCAUCAGAUGGUUGUCCCAGUAUGUCUAA